UCUUUAAAAUCUAAGAAUGUCGAAAAACGUGCCGAAAUAUACAGUUCCUAUAAAACCGAUUCGAACCCUUAUAAACUCAAAAUUUGAAGGAUAUAAGCUGAAAGUAUUUGAUGAAAAGUCACACUUAAUACACUUUCAACUUCCGUUGCCUGCAAUAACCAUACCUAAAAUACCAACAAAUUUAAAAUUAUCAUAUAAAGAAAUUCAAAGUAUAAUCCAUUUUAAUCAUUUAUUUAAAGGCUUUGAAAUUAAUAAAGGAAAGGGAAUUUGUUUUUACUUUGAUUCUGAAAAUUUUGUAAUUUUGGCGGAAUAUGAUCCGGAAACAAGUAAAGUCGUAACUCACCGUCUUCUAAAGAUCCAACAAACAUCAGAUUAUUCUGGAAAUGUUGAAGAAAAUUCUUCUCAUCAUUUAUACCCUAAUUAUCCUUCUUUACGAGCUCUCUCACCAAAUUUAUUACUUGUAACGAAUGGAUCUGGGAUUAUUUUUCUUGUUCAAAUUAAUAAUAAUGAUAAUGUGAGUACAUAUUCUGGCGAAAUUUUAUAUCAAAUUGAAUUUCAAGGACAUUCAGAAUUAAAACAAGGAUCUGGUUUAAAUGAUAUACCAUGUGUUUUACUCGAUGGUAAAAUUAUAGUAGACGAGCAUCCACAUAUUCUUUUUUUAGUUUAUAAUACUGUUUUAGACCCAAUUUCAAGCGAGUCGACAAAAGAAACGCGAAAAGUUUUAUUUGAUGUUAGCUUAUUGCAACUUUCCAUGUCACCACAAUAUGAAAUGAAAAUUAUUCACGUAAUCCGUGGACCCGAAAUUCCUUUUUAUUGUAAUAUUGAAUUUAAUGGGACAGGAUAUGUGAUUGGUAGCAAUAUGGAAUAUGAAGUAGUAUAUAAAUCAUCAACUCAAAAUGAAAACAUAAAGCCAAUGGAUAUUGAUGAUGAUCAAAUUACCGAGGAACAAGAAGAAAAGUCAACAAAUAGAGUAUCACCAUAUAUUUGGACACAAACUUCUUCGGAUGUUACUAUCUGUUUUCAAUUACCAAAAGGAACACCAAAAACUGCCAUUCAUUGCAAUUUUUCUCAAACUCAUCUUUCAUUAACAAUUAAUCUCGACGAUAAUCCUAAUGUUUCACCUGGACAGCCACCAAUUCCUUGUUAUGCAUUUACUCGUCUAUUUGAUUUAAUUGAUCCAAGUGUUUCUUUAUGGACUAUUGAGCCAACAAUUGGUUUACUCACUCUACACCUAGAAAAGCAUAAUCAUAAUACGCGUUGGUCACAUGUUUUCCAACAUGAUGAUGGAGUUUUUGAAACUCUUGAUCCAAACGAAUUUGCUGAAUUCCGUGAACGGUUGGAAAAAUUCACCUCUGAUCCAAUUCAAGAUACUAAUGAGCAAUCGGACCAAUCAGGAGCUUUCAAGCCUCUUCAACAUCUGAUAGGUCAUGAAACGGAAGAAUCCAUCGAUUUCGAAGGAAAAUCAUCCGUUUUUAUGUGGUUUGAACGCGAAGGAGAUUUAAUAGCAAAAUCAUCUGGUAAUGAAUAUCUUUGUAGACAAUUUGAAUGGUGUGAAAAUGUCGAGAUAUCAAACAAUAUUUCGGUAUUACCUUCUGUUUGUCUGAAAUCCGAUGUCGAUGGGACUGUGUAUUCAAUCGGACAUCCAAUUGAUUCUUCCAAGUUAGAUGUAUCACCUUUAGUUAUAACUCAUAUAGCAACUUUUAAUGCAUUCGCAUUUGUUCAAGCUUCUAAAAGGGAAAAGCGUUUUAUGUUUCAUGAUCCGAAAUAUCGGUUCGUAAUAAUUCUUGAAGGAGAUCAUCGAGCUUUUGUUUAUAUGCGUCACGAAGGUCGUGAGAAACAUGAUGAACAAUCUGUAGUGGAAUUAACUGCCAGCACUAGUGGCGAUCCAGAAAUAAUUGGUGUACAAAUGGCUUCUAUUGAAAAUGCACAUGUUAUUAUUCUUAAAUCAAAUUCGUUGUUUAUAAUCAAAUUGCUGUAAUUUCUAUUCAAUGGAUUUUAUUAAGUAUAUUUAUUUUUUUGGUGGAUGGGAA